GCCGCAGCCCCAGCAGCCGAGAUAAAGAAUUGCAGGAUGGGGAACCCACAGCCGCUGCGAUGGGGCUAUAGAGCAGAGGAAUGAACCGCUGUUCGGACUGUAUGUGUGACAUAUCGCUAAGACGGAAAAGCACCGAGAAGAGAGAGCGGGUCUGCGGAACAGUUAUUUUCCCCCAGAAUCACAACGGUCCUCCUUUUUUGCAAGAGACAGCUACAGAAGAGAAAGUUGACCUGGUUGCCUUUGGAUGUUGCGGUGUAUCGGCUAUGGCACCAUGAAAUAAAUUUAAGUUGAUGGAACCUCCACAGCACAUUAUAGUUAAUUGGUUGAAAAGAAGACUUUCGCCAAUGAACACGACGGAAUGACAACGGAAUUGCCUCUUUGACCACGGGAACAUGCCCUGGGAUAGACCAGUUUUAAAAAUUACCCUUAAUAAUAUUAUUAUUUAUAUGUUGCUUUAAUCUGACCGACUAGUGUUAUGUAUCUUUUAUUUAUUUACAAGCGUAUGAGACUGAAGAAUUUUCUACCGAGGUAGCUCAUUCACUGUUUGUAAUUUAACUUAAUAAUUUUCUCCCUUCGUCUUCGAGCCCAAUGCUGUCUGUUGUUAGGAUGCUCGUUUUACAUGGUAUUAGAUUAUUCAGUACAGAAUUAGCAUUAUUUCUUAAAUAUAGUCACCUGUCAUCCCUAAUGUGUGUAUUUGUGUUUAAUGUUUGACCAUGUAGAAAAGAUAAACUAAAAAAAAAAAAAUGAAAUAGAUAUACGCACUAUGUAGGCCUAGUGUUUGUGCUAAUUAAAUGUUUAUAAUGUAAAUAUAGGCAGUGUAAUAAUAGUGUUCACAGUGUAAUAAUAGAAAGAAUUGCAGCAUUGUAUGUUUAGUUUGCGCAAUUGCUAUAACUUCAACCAUUAGUUGACAGGAGGGCAUUACUGCAUUAGGCUACCAUGCAGUGGCAAAAGGAUAGUUAUCGUACAAUUAAUACGUUAUUUAGAGAAAAAAGUGACAGCUUUCGCUUAAUUUUGAAGCAAAAAGUGCGUCUUCUCGAGUAAAAUUAUAGCCAACAGAACGUAUAACUAAAGGCUUCUCGCGCGGAUAUAAGAAAGCUGUCGGCUUGUUGAUCGCAGGUUGCUAUUAACAGACGAAGGACGAAGGGCAAUAUAUUGAAUAUAUCUAUGAAAUGUAACGCCAAAAUGAGUAAUUACUUUUUGGCCUAUCUAUAAUGACGUUUCGCUGUACAAUGCAUGGUGCAAGGUGCGUUUCAAAGGCUGUGUCUUACAGCUGAAGACCAUCACAGGCUACUGCAUGCAUACACGCCAGUCAGUCGAUAGGCUUGCAACAUCUACUGCAACUGAUGGAGGAAGCCCACAGAAACGGAAAAGAGCGUUGCAUCAGAGCAAGCUGAACUCAAAACUAUACUUGCUGAGUUGCGAGUUGAUCAGUACGGGAACAUGCGCCUGUAAGCAACUUUAAGCUGCGCGCUAUCGGAAACCUACCACUUUUUUUUGUUAAUCUAUCGAUUACACAGUUGUUUGGAGGAUACAGAUUGCUACAUAUUUGAACCAGUAGUGCAGGCAUCUUCAGACUCCGCGGUAACUACAGGAUAGUUACCAAGAAGACUUUUUUGUGCGAAUAAUUUAGCGGAUUUGUUCACUGUGAAUUUAGCCUUUUGCAGUUUCCAUGCGUCCUUCACUUUCGGAAACCUUGACUUUCUUUAGGAUUUUGCAGAUAAUUGAUGCGAUGGGCUGUAUCCAAAGUAUUAGUUGCAAGCCUAGGAGUUUCCGUGAAAGCAUCAUCGUUCUGGAAGUGAGCUCCUCCAUCGACUCCAACCCCACCAGCAUCGACGAGUCAUCAAACGUGGUUCUGCGAUACCGGACGCCGCACUUCCGGGCUUCGGCUCGCGUACUGGUUCUGCCAGUGGCCCGUAAAGAAACUUGGACCGUGGGCUGGAUCCAGGCGUGCAAUCACAUGGAGUUCCACAACACGUAUGGAAAUAAAGGAAUGUCAAGCUGGGAGCUGCCCGAUCUGAGAGACGGCAAGAUCGAAGCGAUCAGCGACUCGGACGGCGUCAACUACCCCUGGUACGGCAACACCACCGAGACCUGCACCGUGGCGGGGCCCACCCGGAGGGACACCAGGUUCACCGUCAGCAUGAACGACAACUUCUACCCCAGCGUGACCUGGGGGAUCCCGGUGGGCGACAGCGAAGCUUCGCAGCUCACCAGCAUCCGCCGGGACCAGAGCUUCACCACCUGGCUGGUGGCCCUCAACCAGGCCUCGGGCGAGACCGUGGUCCUCCGGACCGUCCGCUGGCGGAUGCGGCUGCACAUCCAGGUCGACCCGGACGAGCCGCUGGGCCGGCGGGCCCGCCUCACCGAGCCCCUGGCCCAGGAGCAGCCCGAGGUCCUGGUGCGCAACGAGCCCAUCCCGUCCAACGCCACGGUCAAGCCCAACGCCAACGACGCCCAGGUGCUCAUGUGGCGGCCAAGGUUCGGGGAGCCCAUGGUGGUCAUCCCGUCCAAGUACUGACCGCCCGUUUUAAAGAACUGGAAAGACCAAGGGUCGAGGGUCGUUACGACACAUUUAAGGAGGACGUCCCCAUUCACAAGAGGAUCAAGCUGGACUUUCCGACUGGAAUCGAUCGACAACUCGCAACCAUUCUACCUUUAAAAACUGGGUCGGGUAUCACUGUGCAAAGCAAAAUCAUUGCAAAAACGAAAAACAAAAAAAAACCAACAACAACGACAAAAAAAAGAUUUUUUUUUGCUUGCUUUUUAGGAGGAUUAUUAUACUUGCACGUGUGUCUGUGUGUACACGGGCUACACAUAAGUACGCACACAUCUGCGGCCACACAAAGCAUUUAUUUAUGAGAAGGGAUGGAGUGAAUUUUAGUUUUCGGGUGAGAAGUAUUUUGAUCCAUGAUACAAACAUAAUAGGAACGAGCAAAAACAGAGGGAAACUAGAGUUUUU